UGGAGGAUUUCCCGCCAUCUUACGAAAGCCUGUUUACUUCGAUUGGCGAAAAUGAGCAAGAAUAAGGAUGCUCAAGCGGUGAAAGCAAUUUUAGAUUAUCUAAAUCGACAAAACAGGCCAUACAGUGCUAUAGACAUUGUGAACAAUCUUCACAAGGAAUUUGGUAAAACAGCUGUGGUGAAGGCGUGUGAGGGGCUGACAGAGGCUGGGAAGAUCAAAGAGAAGGUUUACGGCAAACAGAAAGUCUACGUUGCUGAUCAGUCACAGUUUCCCGAUGUUGAUGAUGUGGAAAUCAAGGAGAUGGAUGCCCAGAUAUCCCAGCUGUCUGACUUGGCCAAGGUGCGAGGGGAUGAAGUCCGGAGACUUGACAGUGAAUUGAAAGGCCUAAAUAACUCAAUAUCAACAGAAGAGGCCAAAACCCAGCUGGUAGAACUGGAAAAACAGUGUGACGCAUGUAAACAAAAGUUGAUGAAGUUGAAGGAAGGAGGAAAUACUAUUACACCUCAGGAAAAAGACAUGAUUUACAAUUCCCGAAAAGUCUUUGUCAAGGAAUGGAGAAAAAGGAAGAGAAUGGCAAAUGAUAUUAUUGGUGCUAUCCUGGAGGGCUAUCCAAAAACAAAGAAACAGCUUUAUGACGAUGUUGGUAUUGAGACUGAUGAAGAUUACAAAGUGUCCCCUCCAGAGAUUUGAGCACUGCAUGAUUGUCAAAGACUCAACAUAAUAUCGUUUGUUUGCCCUUUACUGAUCAGAAAUCAACAUAACACCGUUUGUUUGCCCUAUACUGAUCAGAAAUCAACAUAAUAUCAUUUGUUUGCCCUAAACGGAUCAGAAUUCAACCUCAACUUUGUUUGUAACAUCAUGCUACCUCAAUUGGUACACUACCCAAAUUGGUACACGGUCAGAAAAUGGUUUGAAUAGCACUUUAAAAUGAAAUUUAAGCAUUUUCCUUUGACAGCAAAACAAAAGAGAUAUUUAUCAGCAUUUCCACCGAAUAGUUUUGUUUUCAGGAAUAUUUUAAGAGUGCGAUGACUUCAAUAAGGUCUGAUUAAUAUUCUAUUUGUUUAUGAUUCACAGAAUUGAUUUUUUAUGUAUUUACUGAUGACGCCAUUGGUGUAUUUGUAUAAAUAUGAAUUGUAAAAUAUCAUACAUUUAUCACAUUUUUACUGUCAAAACUAUUACAAUACACCAGGUAAGAAUAUAUGUACAAACACGUUGAUCAGUUGACUAUUCUGGAGCUACCACUGCCAGAAAUAAAAUGGUAGGAAACUGUUUUUCUGGCAUGUCUAUAGCUUAAAUAAAUAAUUUUUGAAACAAAACUGCCUUGUGGGACUUUUAUGAAAAUAAUAAAGAUGAAAAAAUAAAUAUAAUCUACAACAGUGUUUGGAAAAAGUUUAGCGGGGCUAAACCACUAUUUGAACCCGAGACUUCAGAUUGUUAUACAAUCGCUCUAAAAGAUUGAGCUACCUAGUCAACAAAAGUGUCCUGGCUCAACUGUUCUACGGUUACAUUAAAAUGGAAAUAAAGGGGAGGUUACUAUGUAUACAAAAACACAAAGUGCAGUGGGACAGGGAUCCUAACACCCAUAAAAGCAUGCUACAGCUUAGAGUCUAAGUCUGAGGGAGACAAUCUACCUGAGGAAUGCUACUUUAACAGUGUUAGAGGUUUACAGGGCGAGAUACUUUUGACAUGCGCUGCGUAACGUCAAAAUCAUAUCCGAUAGAAAAAAGGCUGACCAGCAGCCUCUUAUGUUAUAGGGGUAUAGGAAUUCCCGUGCUAAGCCUUGUACUACAUGUAUAACUUUUUUGUUUCAACUACUGGUGAUACAUAUGGGUUAUAUAUAUUUAUAUGACCUAGAUGCUCUAUACAGGUCAAGUGCUACCUCAGUGAAAUGUAGCUUUUUAGAUCAAAUCACUCUUCAGCAACAAUAAUCAAAAGUAGAACUUAACUAACACAAGGUAAUAUGUUUGUUUGUUACCUCUGAUCAGCAACGGCUGGUUUUGUCUGAAGUCAUGGCUGUAUAUAAUGUGUUGAACAUUGACAUUACAAUAGUCAAGGACCUGCCUUCCACUGCUAAAAAUUGGAUGUCUGUAUUCAUUUGCUGUUUACUAGGAAAUAUUCACUGCAGUUAACUUUCGCUUUUCUCACCCUCCGCAGUGAGGCUGAAUUUAUCAUUACAGAAUAUUGGUAGACAACACAAUAUACAUAGUAAUUAAACUUGUUGAAAUCUACGCAGGGUGAAAGCUGAUAUAAUGGUUAAAGUGGGAAAGUUUUACUGGGCAAAAGUUUUAGUAUGAACUAAUUGAUCAAAUCAAAUUAUAUCGGUAAUAUUUUCAGCGAUGAAGUAGUGGAAAUGAGACGAAGGCGUCAAAAUUUAAUUCUUGUGUUUAGCUUAGUUUCACUGAAAGUAUAAGUGCUAGACCAACCAAACUUAGACCAUAGAUACAUCUUAGGUAGUACAUCUCAACCCAUGCAUCAAAUGCUGGAUGUGGCCUACCUUUUAUGGUCCAUUGACUUUGUCAGCAUCUCCAUCAACAUUAGUCAUUAAGUUUUUGCAUUUAAGUUAGUUUCUCUAAUAUGUGCAUUGAUGGUCAAAGCGGCGUACAGGCAGGACAUAUCAAUCCAAAUGGCUUGUUCCUAAAUCAAAAUAUGUCAUUGGAUUUUUCUUUAAGUUUGAUAUUCAUCAAUCUUCUAUUGUAAUGAAGUUUGGUAAAUAUGAUUCAAGUGGACAUUAGUAAGAGGCUUCUGCUAGGCCACCUACCUGGGUAUCUGUGUUGAAAAUUAUGUUUGUCAUUAAACAAAUAUUUGAUAUAAUGUAUGUUAAAAUUGGAUGUUUCAUAUUCAUCAAUCUUCUAUUGUAAUGAAGUUUUGUAAAUAAGAUUUAAGUGGACAUUAGAAAGAGGCUUCUGCUAGGCCAACUAUCGGGGUAUCUGUGUAAACCAUGACAGCUAAUGAUUGGGUAGGUCUAUCAAGUAUAUUGAUAUAAUGGUGGAGUCCAGUGUUAGGAACCAGAAGUGACUCCAGUUUUAAUACAAAAA